AUGCUCGCCUUUGUGUGCGGUGGCCUCUUCUUCACGUCUGCCGUGACGGCGGCAGGCGCCGUUUACGCGGUGGGCUGGAGCAACGUCCGGUUCGCGGCGGCGCUACUUGCCGUGGUGAUGCGACGCGUGCUCAAGCUGCUGCUCGCCAUGCUGGGCGCAACGCGGAGCGCCCUCUUUGGAAGCUCGGAGACGCGGUGGGCCGACGCGUGGCAGGCGCUCCGCGAGGGCCUUGCCGAGGCGCGCAAGGCGUCUGCCGAGGGCGUCCAGGCAGUGCAAAUGGAGGCUCGGCUGUACGCCGCGGCCGUCGGCGCACCCGGACUGCGCCCGCUGCAGUAUGCGCUCGAUCGACUUCUGCCCAGCGCGCUGGUGCCUAAGAUGGAGGCGGCGCUCGAGCAGGCGCUCGCCGAUUUUGCGCAGAGCAACAACCCCGUGCGCAGCGCGCGGCUGAAGCAGUUCAAGGUGGGGCGGGAGCUGCCUCGGCUGACGGCGGCGCGAAUGUACGACUUGGGCGAGGACGCGUUGGCGGUCGAUGUGGAGAUGGACUGGGCCUCCUCCCUGACCGCCAGGGUCGAGAUCGUGUCGGCCGGCGUGGGCGCGCGCGUCCCGGUCACGCUGCACAACUUACGGUUCACGGGGCCAGUGCGGCUGGUGGUGACCGGGCUGCAGUCGACGGCGCCCGGCUUCGGCGCUCUCUUGCUCUCCUUCCCCACCGCGCCGAGCAUCGGCCUCGAGGUGCGCGUCGCCGGCGGCGAAGUGACGAGGCUGCCGUGGUUACGUACCGAGGUGCAAAAGACAAUCAAGCGUGCCGUUGCCGAGCGGCUGCUGUGGCCGCAGCGCAUCGUGAUUCCCGCCGAGGCCCCGCCCGCGCGCGAGACGCCGCGCCCGCCCUUUCUCGAUCCGUCGAAGCUUGCGGCGCUGGCACAUGACGACCCGCUCCUCGCGGCGGAGCGCGCCCUCGCCGCGCAGCCCGCUCUCGAGGACUCGAGGCGGCAGCCGACGCGGUGGGAUCGGGUAAAGUCGGUGGUCAGAGCUGUCAGUGUUGGCGGUGUUUAG